AUGGAAAUCGGCCACUUUUUGCUUGGAUUAUGUGCCUUUUUCUACUUUUACAGGUCUGUUACGGCAGAGUCCACCUGCAAGCUGAAGGCCAAGUUCAAUCUGAACGGCUACAAGGAUGUGGAGAGGAAGAAGGUCGUUAUUGGGGGGAUGUUUUCUGUUCACAAGCGUAUUGCUUCCACUGAUGGAAACACUUCGAGGGUGCCAGUCUCCUCGGGGUGUGAGGGGUUUAACUUCCGCACCUUCCGCUGGACCCAGACCAUGCUGUUUGCCAUCAAUGAAAUAAACGAGAGGAACGACCUGCUGCCCGAAACCGACCUGGGCUACGUUGUCUAUGACUCCUGCUUCACCAUCUCCAAGGCCGUUGAGGGCACCCUCACCUACCUGACAGGCCAAGAUGAGGCUGUACCCAACUACCGCUGCGGGAGUGGGGCGCCUCUGGCUGCUCUAGUGGGCGCUGGGGGCUCCGAUCUGUCCAUCGCCACUGCCAGGAUACUGGGACUUUAUCACUUCCCGCAGGUCAGCUAUUGUUCAUCAUGCUCCGCCCUGGAAAGUAAGUUCCAGUUCCCCACCUUCCUGAGGACCAUUCCCAAUGACAAGCACCAGUCUACAGCUAUGGCCCAGCUGGUGCUGCACUUUGGCUGGACCUGGGUGGGCACCAUAGCUGCAGACGAUGAUUAUGGCAAGUACGGCAUCAAAGACUUCAAGGAGCAGGUGGAAGAAGCUGGUGUCUGCAUCUCCUUCUCCGAGACCCUGCCAAAAGUGAGUUCCCCAGAGGACAUCCAGCGUAUUGUUGAAACUGUAGUUGAGUCCACGGCCAAGAUCAUCGUGGUCUUCUCAUCAGACGUGGACCUUAGUCCUCUCAUCUUUGAGCUCCUCCGGCACAAUGUGACCAACCGCACCUGGAUUGCCAGCGAGGCCUGGGUCACCUCUGCUCUCAUUAACCACCCAGGGGUGAGCUCAGUGCUGGGUGGUACCUUAGGCUUUGGGGUGAAGAGGGCUGACAUCCCUGGUCUUCAGCGCCAUCUACUGGACCUGGACCCCUAUGCUGACCAACUCACUGAGGAAUUCUGGGAGACGGUGUUUAACUGCACACUGGACUACAGCAAAGCUCUGAAACAGGCCAAACAGAAGGCUAAGGAGGUUAACAGCACACUGUCCCGGGCUGUGAGGGGGGUUCCCGAAGGGCUGUGUACGGGUAGCGAGUCUCUGGCACCGCUCAACAACACUUACUCUGAUGUUUCCCAGUUACGGAUCACUUACAGUGUAUACAAAGCCGUGUAUGCUGUGGCACACGCCUUGCACAACCUGGAGCACUGUGUAAAUGGACAAGGGCCGUUCAGUGGGAGCACCUGUGCUGACAUCACCAACUUUGAGCCAUGGCAGCUGAUGUACUACCUGAAGAACGUGCGUUUCAAAGUGCCGAACACAAACGAAGAGAUCUACUUCACUGACGGGGAUGUGGAGGGCUUCUAUGACAUCAUUAACUGGCAGGUCAAUAGUAAUGGGGAGAUAUCCUACAUCACGGUGGGACGCUACAAUGGUUCAGCGGCCCCAGAGGACAGGAUGACCAUAAUGAAUGAUUCUAUUGUGUGGAACAAUGAAAUGCUGGAGCCUCCUCGCUCAGUGUGCAGUGAGAACUGUCAGCCCGGCACCAGGAAGGGGAUCCGGCAGGGAGAGCCAGUCUGUUGCUUUGACUGUAUCCCAUGUGCUGACGGAGAGAUCAGCAACACAACUAAUGCUCGUGAAUGUAUCCUGUGCAGUGGAGACUACUGGUCCAAUGAUGCUCAUGAUAUCUGUGUGGCAAAAAUCAUUGAGUUCCUGGCCUUUGGGGAGCCACUGGGGAUCACUCUCAUCGUCAUCUCUGCCUUUGGAGCAUUAGUUACCAUCGCUGUCGGGGUGGUGUUUGUUGUGAACAUCAGCACCCCUCUGGUGAAAGCCAAUGAUCCUCUGUUGAGCUUCUCGCUGCUAUUUUCGCUGGUGGUGACCUUCCUCUCCUCCAUUGUCUUCCUCGGAGAGCCUCAGGACUGGAGCUGCAUGACCAGCCAAGUCGGCCUGGCUCUGGGCUUCGCUCUCUGCCUUUCCUCUAUCAUGGGUAAGGCAGCAGUGUUGAUGCUGAGAGCCCAGGCUCUGAAAGCAGCGCGAGCCAAAGCCAAAGCAGCUGCCAAAGCUGCAAAAGCAGCAGCCGAAGCAGCAGCCAACAGCGGCAGUCCUGAUGUCAUUGUAACCAACACAAAUAACAACAAUGAUGUGAACACCAGCACCAACCCUGAUGUUGACAUUCUCACCUGCGCCCACCAGAGGGCAAUAGCUACUGUGGCAACAUUAAUACAGGCUAUCGCGUGCACAGUGUGGCUGAUCGUCCUCCCUCCACACCCUGUCAAAAACACUUCAGCCCAGAAUAUAAAGAUCAUUCUUGAGUGUGAUGAAGGCUCUGUGGUCUUCAUCUGCUGCAUCUUCGGCUAUGACAUCCUGCUGGCUCUGCUGGCAUUCAUCUUUGCCUUCAUAGCCCGAAAGCUGGAGGACCACUUCAGCGAAGCGAAGUGCGUGACCUUCGGCAUGCUCGUCUUCUUCAUUGUGUGGAUCUCGUUUGUCCCGGCUUACCUCAGCACACGUGGAAAGUUCAUGGUAGCUGUCCAGAUUUUCGCCAUUUUGGCCUCCAGCUUCGGCCUGCUGACCUGCAUCUUCCUGCCCAAGUGCUACGUUCUCUUGGUCAAACCUGAACGCAACACAGAGGAAAUGAUGAGGCCCCGUUCCAAACCCCGCGAUGGGACCUCAACUGGGACAUCGGCCUCACUCGCUACAGCUGCCACUGAGGUCAAUGCUUCAACAGCAUCCACUGCCAUUGAUGAUUAGUGAGAAAAUAAUAAGAAAUAAACUGAGGCACAAAAUUGAAAAUUGCAAAUAAUGUAGAUGGCAGUUGUGCCACUGCUUCACUGGGCAACUGGUCCAGCUUAUUAGGGUUCCUAGUCCUGUUAUUCACAUUUAUUUUGCAAUCAUUAUGUGUGGUCCUCAUGAACAGACAAUAUAUAUUAUUUACAAAACAUUUAUAUUUAUACUGACUGAAUCUUCACAUGCACAUCUGUAUCUUCACAUGCAUAAGGUAGGGUUGAUUUCAAUAAGCGAUAUUCAUGAGGAAGUAAAACUGCUACCUCAACAAUUAAAAAUGCAUUUUCAAAAAAAUAAAAUCGAUGGUGUAUGUGUAAAACACAGGGUACAUUCUUUAAGAACAAUAUAAUUUUGACAUUACUUGCUUUACUCUGAUGUGUGUAUGUUCUGCUAAAAGAUAUUUGAAUGAGUACAGACUCUUACUGUCAAAGCUGCUGUUGUUUCAGUUGUGGUAGUGGAUUAAAAUUAAGGCAGCGUUUACCUCAGAUACAUGUCUGCUGUAUUUCUACUGGCAAAUCAAUUUCAAACACAACAAUCAUUUUACUAUACAGGAAUUUAGCUCAUUUUGAUCCUAUCAGAAUAUCUGUAUAAACUGUUUACACUGUUAACUUUCUAUUACUACAAUAGCCUGUCAGUGUGACACAAGUGUGACAAUUCUUAAUAGUUGAAUAAAUGUUAUUUUCAGUCA